AAUUAAGCCACCAGCGGACGAAGAAAGCAAGACAGACGACAAGAAAGCAGGGAGUGAAAUCUGAGAAGCAACAAGAAGCGGCGUAAAAAUGGAGGCAGCAAUGUCGGCGAGUGGCAGAAACCGUAAUAACCACCCACUUCCGUGGCUAAACCUAAUGGCGACGGAGCCCUUCUACCUCCUCCAUUUCCUCACCUUCUUCUCUUACUUCGCCGCUCGAUCCGCCGCUUCCCCUGAUCUCUCGCCUGAGCUCUCUCAUCUCCUCUUUCGCCGCGAGAUCCAAGCGGUUCUUACGUUUUCGGUGCUGGUAGCGAUAAAGAUAGUGAAGGAGGAAACCUGGGAUGGAUUUAUUGCUGAUACUCUGUUUUACGCAAAGUUCUUCCUUUUUGGAGCCGCUUCAAUUAUUGACUAUCACCUGGCUUUAUGUUACUUGGCGGCAUUUGUAGUUAUUUUCAUUUUAACUCAACAACCACCAUACGAUGGUCUUGGUGAUUCAAGUCAUCUGACUCCAUUGCAACUGGAAAGCUUAUUGACAGAAGGAAGCAAGUCGAGGUUUUGGCUGGUUGAGUUUCGAGCUUUGUGUUCGUCGACAUGUAUACGCACAAGUCGCAUUUUCCCUGAUCUGUCCAUCACUUAUGCGAAUAAGAAUUUAUCUUUUGGGAUAGUCGACCUUGGGCACUUCCCUAAUGCUGCAGAAAAAUUUGGAAUAUCUUUAAGUGUUACAGGUCAGCUUCCAACCUAUAUUUUAUUUGACAAUGCCUCGGAAGUGGCACGAUUACCAGAUAUCAUUGUUGACGCUCCUGCACCAACUAUUACUAAGAAUAUUCUGAUUCAACAUUUUGAGCUUGAUAGACGCCUUGUAGAAUAUAUAUCCAGGAGAUAGAUUCAUCAGUUUUCAGCAAAUAUGUAAGUUGUAACAGAUGCGUAUAUUUGCUGCCUGCUGAUUUUUUUCCAGAUUUCUGUAACAUUUGUAAUAUCAGUUUUCAGCAGGUAUGGCAAUGUUGAACUAAUAUUAUCGAGGUUUUAGCAUAUACGCCCCUCAAAUGUUCAACAUUUGCAAGCUUGCCUCUCAAA